UCACGUUGGAUUGAGUUAAUCUAAUCAAAGCGAAGCAAAAAAAAGAACACCAUUAACAAGUGACUGUGUGAUAGUGAUGUUUUUAUUUUUUUAGUUUAUUUUUUUUAAUUAUUUAAAGAGAUCAACAGCAGUACCGGGAUGGAGGCCGUAGAUAUUCAAGCAAUGGAAUCAAAGUUAAGUGAUGUUACUGUAACUGCCAUACCAAUGAACCAGAAACCCCAGAGUUCUGUAACACCUACACCACCUGCUGCCAAGGAUGCCAAUAAGGAUCCAAAUUUAUCCAAGUAUGCUCAACUGUUAGGGGUUAUAGAGGAGCUGGGCAGAGAGGUGAGGCCAACAUAUGCAGGCAGCCGUAGCUCUGCUGAGAGACUUAAAAGAGGAAUAGUCCAUGCCAGAAUACUGGUGCGUGAAUGCCUGAUAGAGACAGAACGCAGUGCAAGGCAAUGAUGUUUGUCUAUAUACAAUUUAUUUACUUUGUACUUAAAGUCAAUGAGAAUGGGAGUACAAAACUAUGCAUACCAAAUCAAAAAUAGUAUAUAGUCAAUUACUUAACGAGGGGAAGAAUAUCCUCAAAUAUGCAGUCUCAGGAUGUAGGAAUUUAACACAGAAGGAAGAGUGAAGCAAGUCUUUUGUAUUU